AUGACAGUGACAAUACCUAAAGUCUUCGACAGAUUCGGCUUGGCCUGGCUUAAGCUGUGCAAGAACAAGGUUGCUGUUGCCCCUAAGAUCUUCCACCUUACAGCUUUUACUGGCCCCUCGGGCUACCUCACUGGGGGUGGGUUGUCUCUUUUUACUUUCUCCUCUCUUCCUCAGAGCCUUCCGUCACAAACGCUUUCCCCCACAUUUCAAGGUUUCAGUGGAGUCCUAGUGAAACAACACAUAAUUCAAGAUCCAGUCAGGCUUUGGAAACUCUUAGGUGGCACUUAUUAUUUUACUACUUCAAGCUCUCAGGGGAGUAACCAUAAGAAUGGAGGAUUCAAAAAGAAAUCUCCAAAGGAGAAUGAGGAGGAUGAAAAACGCAGGAAACGGGAAAAUCAGAUGCAUAUUGACCGCUUGCGGGCACUCCUCGUCAUAACUUUCAUACUACUGAUGUUUCGAUUCACGGUCAGAGAGAACAGAGAAGGGACCAACAUUUCCUGGAAUUACUUUGUGAAUGAGAUGCUGGCAAAGGGGGAGGUCCAGAGAAUUGAAGUGGUUCCAGAGAGUGAUAUUGUGGAAGUUUAUCUACACCCAGGAGGAACUCCACACGGACAAGUCAACGUUACCCUGCUGUACACAAUGCGGGUGGCAAACAUUGACAAGUUUGAAGAGAAGCUGAGAGCUGCAGAAGAUGAGCUGAAUAUUGAUGAGAAAGAGAGACUCCCCGUUUCCUACAAACACCCUGGCUUUUAUGGAAAUGACAUGAUUUCCCUGAUAGUGACACUUGUGGCUGUGUCUAUGUUGUGGAGCAUCUUCCGCCUUAUUAGGGCGGCAAGCCGGGUCGGAGGAUUCAAUGCCUUCAACCAGCUGAAAAUGGCUCGUUUCACUGUUGUGGAUGGGAAAUCUGGAAAAAGGAAUGCUCUGGGAGGCCACGUUCUUCUGCAGAUGUUCUGUGCGAGCUGUGGAUCUGACGGAGUUGUGUUGUGCUUAUAGAAUCCUGAUCGCUACCUUCAGCUUGGGGCUAAAGUGCCCAAAGGUGCCUUGUUACUUGGACCACCAGGCUGUGGGAAGACCUUGCUGGCGAAGGCAGUGGCUACAGAAGCACAAGUGCCGUUUUUGGCCAUGGCGGGCUCUGAGUUUGUGGAGGUGAUAGGAGGUCUUGGAGCUGCCCGCGUUCGAAGCCUCUUCAGAGAAGCCCAGGCUCGUGCCCCCUGCAUUGUGUACAUUGACGAAAUCGACGCUGUGGGCAAGAAGCGCUCAACCAAUAUAUCUGGUUUUGCUAAUGCUGAGGAGGAGCAGACCUUAAACCAACUGCUGGUGGAAAUGGAUGGAAUGGGGACCACAGAUCAUGUCAUAGUGCUGGCUUCUACCAACCGUGCUGAUGUCUUGGAUAACGCUUUGAUGAGACCUGGGAGGCUUGACAGGCACAUCUUUAUUGAUCUUCCAACACUGCAGGAGAGAAGAGAAAUCUUUGAGCAGCACCUGAAGGGUCUCAAACUGAUCCAAGAUGGCAGCUUCUAUUCGCAGCACCUUGCUGAGCUGACUCCGGGCUUCAGUGGAGCCGACAUAGCAAAUAUAUGUAACGAAGCUGCUCUUCAUGCUGCCAGAGAGGGUCACAAAUCCAUUGAUACCUUCAACUUUGAGUAUGCUGUGGAAAGAGUCAUUGCAGGCACUGCCAAAAGAAGUAAGAUCCUGUCACCAGAAGAGAGGAAGGUUGUGGCGUUUCAUGAAUCAGGCCAUGCAUUGGUUGGCUGGCUGCUAGAGCACACUGAGGCUGUGAUGAAGGUUUCCAUAGCCCCUCGAACAAACGCAGCUCUGGGAUUUGCUCAGAUCCUUCCAAGAGAGCAAUACCUCUUCACCAAGGAACAGCUGCUGGAGAGGAUGUGUAUGGCUCUUGGUGGGAGAGUGUCUGAGGCCAUCACUUUUAACAAAGUCACUACAGGAGCACAGGAUGACCUGAAGAAGGUGACCAAGAUAGCCUACUCCAUGGUGAAGCAGUACGGGAUGGUGGCCAGCAUCGGGCAGGUCUCCUUCCCAGACUUGGAGAGUGCAUCUGGAAUUGGUCGGCGCCCUUUCAGCCAAGGACUUCAGCAAAUGAUGGACCACGAAGCAAAGGUGCUGGUGGCUCAGGCUUACAGACGCACAGAGAAACUCUUACUGGACAACCGGGACAAGCUGCAAGCACUGUCUAACGCCCUCCUGGAGAAAGAAGUGAUAAAUUAUGAUGACAUUGAAGCUUUGAUUGGGCCUCCCCCUUAUGGGCCAAAGAAAAUGAUAGCUCCCCAGAGCUGGCUUCAAGCGGAGAGAGACAAGCAAGAGACGAGAGAUGAAGAGAUGCCCCAGCAGCCGCCAAACCACGAGGAGGAGGAGGAACCACGUCUGAGACCAGUAUGAAGCCCAGCCCUGGUGUGGAAUGGGAGGACUCUAAAGGCUUCUUCCAAAUACAGACCCCUUCCCUUCUCAGCUUCGGAAUCAAAGAUACUGAGCAGGGAAUCUCUGUGCUGCUGUUACCCAAAAAUUAAGGGAUGGUGAUGUUGGCUCCUGUAACGAGCUGUUCCCUGCAGGAAGGAGAACUCCUAAGGAUUUUGAAAUUGAUUCUCGGCAGGAUAGUGGUGAUUAGGAGUUGGGUAAGUCUAAUCUGCUGGAAGGAUUUCUUGUGCACAGGAGCAGUGUAGAUGUUCUUAGGGGUGAAAGAUCCUGUGGAGUCGUCGUAAGCCACCUCUAGCUGUGCCAAGUUGCGUAGCAGGAGUGCACUGCCAUUCCCUUCAGUGUUAGAAUGGUCAGUGUAGGGCAAUGCCUCUGAGUCUCAGGGCCGGCUAGGGUGCUGCAGUUAUGUGACUCCGCUGUAACCUGUGAUCUUCUCUGCUGCUGAACAUAAAGUAUCAACUGAAAAAAAAGAGACGUCACUAGAAUAAAUUGUCUCUACUGUG